UUAUUUUUUUGUAUGUUUUUACUUUUUGGAGACGUAAAUUUUGCAAUUUUCUAUGAAUUAGUUUAAUUUUAAUUUUGAGGUGAUGCUUAAUUGCGUAUCGCAAGUCGCAAUAAUUAAAUUAUUACGGUAUGCGUUAUAUGUGACUAUUCAAGCUGCUCGUUUUGAUUCAUAAUCUUCAUUGGAACUUCUCAGCUUUGCAACUAGUUGAGGACUGAUGGACAGUAUCUACGGUUUGCCAUUUAAAAAACAUUGAAUCAAAUACAUGUUUCAAGAGAUUGUUUUCGGUGUUUGCGACUUUACGUGUUCCUGCAUUCGUGCUGCAAGAUCUCCGGCUGAAGUCUCGACAGCUUACUAAAUUGUAUUACAUUCCUUCAUCCUUUCCUUGUCAAGUUACCAACAAUCAAAAGGAUUGGUAUUGGAACAGUUAAUUGUUCUGAACGUGUUCUACUUCUAGUGCCUAGUUCCUGCUCCAGUUUCGUUGAGUGUUUUGUUAUUGGAUUAUCUCGCGAACAUGGAAAAUAAAUCGUGUAGUACUGAUGUUCGAGUUGACAAAGUGAAUUUUACCUGGACUAUUAAUAAUUUUUCGUUUCAUCGUAUAAAGGGAGGUUUUUUAAAAUCAUCGGAAUUUUCAUCAGUAUCGAAUGAUGAAUUCGAAUGGUAUUUACGGCUCUGUUUUGAAAACAAUGAAAUUAUGUUAGCACUUUUUUUGAGUAAACGAAGCAAACGUAACAAAGUAUUCGUAAAGUACAGUUUUUCUGUGAGUAAUAAACGGAAGCAACUUGAACAGGUAUAUGACGAUAUUGUAGAAUUCGAGAAAAGUCAUGGCGUAGAAUCCAGUUUAUUCGAUGAAAAGUUCAAGUUUCAAGACUAUUUAAUAAAUGAUAAAUUAAUAAUCACUUGCAAGAUGGAGCUGUCCGAGAUGAAUGACAUCAAAACUUCUAAUCGCCGUAGACCCAAAGUUUCGGAAUGUCAUCUUUCUUCGGAUUUGGGAUUGUUAUGGACUAGCCAAGAGUUCGCUGACGUUAUACUUUCUGUCAAGAAUAAAGACUUUCCAGCUCAUAAAUCCAUUUUAGCCGCCCGAAGCCCAGUUUUCGCAGCCAUGUUUAGACAUAAAAUGACAGAAACUAAAGAAAACCGUGUAGUCAUAAAUGAUAUAAACGAAGAAGUUAUGGGCGAAAUGUUGAAAUACAUGUAUACUGAUAGGUGCGAAAAUAUGGAUAAAUUAGCACUCGAAUUGAUGGUAGCUGCUGAUAAAUAUGCGUUGGAUCAAUUGAGAACAUUGUGCGGUGACGUACUAGGCUGCUCGUUGACUGUUGAAAAUGCUGCGGACGUUUUGCUAAUGUCAGAUUUGCAUCAUGCAAAUUAUCUGAAAAGUGAAGCGAUCAAGUUUAUUGUUUCUAAAUUCGCCGAAGUAUUGAAUACGAAGGCUUGGAAAAAUAUUCUGUUAUCGCAACCGGAGUUGGCGAAUGAAGUUUGCCUGGCUGUAGCUCGUCGAUGAGUAUUGGCCGAAGGAAAUGAUAAGUAUAUACUUCAAAUCGUCUACUAUAUUUCGUUAUUUCGAAUUUUCAAUUUUUUCAAUACUUUUAUAUAUUGUAUUUGGCUAGUGUAAGUCGUUUAUUGUUAUGUAUUUUCAAUACUUAUUCAAAAAAAAAACUACAUAUCCAAUUUACUAACGUUUUU